GGGUGCUACGGAUCAGAUUCGAGCAUCUAUAGCAUUCCAAGUUUGAUCACCCAAAACCUGACCAGGCAUCAGAGCAAAUUGAGUGAUUGUACAUGCCGAGCUUCGAUAUCCGGCACUUGGGCAACAUGCCCGCCAAUACCGCUGGUCUGUGGAAGCGGGUGACCUUCCUGCUGGCCCUGCCGGCCAUCGUCCUGUGCGCCGCGAACGCCUUCUCCGGACACAAGCACGUGGAGCGGGAGCCGUUCGCCAAGUACGAGUACCUGAGGCGCCGCACCAAGCGGUUCCCCUGGGGCGAUGGCAAUCGCAGUCUGUUCCACAACGCCGAGGUGAAUGCUCUGCCCGACGGCUACGAGGAUGAGGUGGCUGUGGAGGACUAGCAGCGCCCCAUGUCCAUUAUUUUACUUUUGAACUUAUUUUACUAGCAACUGAUGAACAAUCUGGGUAAAUGGAUUUUCGGAUUACCAUUAUGAUCGUUUGCCGAUUCCUUGCCCGCAAUAAAUUAAUCAUUGAGAUCGGA